GCGGCAUAGAAGUCCUGUGGGAUGCGGCUGAACACGUGAGACGAAGAAGGUGACUGAGGAGACAGCUGCACACAGUUGGUAAUAAGCCUUAUUUAACUUGUUAACCUUCCUACCAGACAGAAUGCAUUAUCUCACCAUCUUCGCUCUGCUGGUUGCUUUUGCCUGGGCAGAGGACUCCCACUACUCGUUUUCACCAUCUGUGGGAUCAGGGAGUGGUACCUCGUUCAGUAUAACCGGUGAGGAAAGAAUCACAGCCAUUCGAGUCUGGGAGCGCUAUGGAAACCACAUCUACGGUAUCCAGAUACGCUACGGAUCCGUUUGGUCCCAGAUUGCUGGCUACACAUACGGCAGCCCCAUAGAGUUUGAGUUAUUCGAAGACGAAAAAAUCAUCCAGGUCUCUGGAAAACAUGCUCACUACAUUCAGUCGCUGAUCUUUGUCACCAGCAAGGGUCGCUCGAUGUUUGCAGGCCAGCCCUCGGGCCAUUCCUUCAACAUGUAUCCCACUCACCAGGAUGCCGAACUGCGCUUCCUCAGCGGCACGUAUCAUGGAGGCCUCAGCUCGUUCCAGCCCCACUGGGCUAUACUCAAUGAUAGUAAUGAUUGGUGAAUAAAGUAGACCACCGUGGUCUGUCCUCAGCACUUAAUUAUUUUAUUUAGCUCACUGUGAAUUAAAUCAAACAUAUAUAAGAGCACCAAUCAUACAGGUGUGAAAUAAUUUGUUUAAAACCAAUCUAUAUAUUUUUUAUUGACCCAAUUGUAAUAAAUCAGCAAUUAUUUAAAGAUCAUUACCGUCUUUGUGUGUGUACUUUUGAUUUAAAAGACAUGUGCAAUCAAGAUACAAAUUAUGCAAUUGAUAUUUUAAGAAAAUGUGAGGAUUUAAACAUGCAAUAAAGAACC